GGUGGAUGUGCAGUGAGGGCGCGCGUAAGUCGCAGUCACUCCGAGACCUCGAGCGAAAUAACCGCUUUUAUAAAGUGACAUAAACAGUUUAUUGAUAAAAUAAUGACGACUCUAUUGAGAAAAAUGUUGAAGACACACUCUAAACACAAAAAACUGUGUGAGGAGUGGGCGUUGGCGGAGUGCGAGGGCGAGGGGUGGUGGCGCGAGGCGCGAGGUGCAGGAGAGCAGGGCGAGGUGCGGUACGCGGGUGCCGUGCCCGUCGAGCGUGCAGCAUCCGCGCCAGCCACCGCGCUCGCCGUACGCUCAGCUUUACAUACUAUUAAAUCAUCGAACAAAAAACUUCAACGAGUGACUUUAGACAUAAGCGCGAAAGGCAUUUUGGUGAUAGACGUCGACUCGCAGCAGAAUGUUUUCAGUGUAUCAAUAUACAGAAUAUCAUACUGUUCCGCGGAUGCUGCGAACGCGCGUGUGUUCGCUGUAGUGGAGGGCAAGAAGGAGAGUGGCUCGGAGGAGAGCCAUGUGGUUCAUGUGUUUGUCUGCGCUAGGGCCAAGCAGGCGAGGGCGCUCGCGUUGUCACUCGCGCAUGCCUUUAAUGAUGCAUACCAGGCAUGGCAAGCAAACCAAGCGAGUUCCCUCCAAGCUAGUAGUAAGAAACUGGCACCAUGGGUGCGUUUUCCUGACGAAUCAGACGAAGAAGCGGACAAUGAACAUUGGCAGUCGCCCGCUCCUCUUGUUACUUUCGCCUGAACUUUUGGUUUAAAUUGAUCUUCAAGAUUUAAUUUAAACUAAAAGGAUGAGUUAAAUGGUUUAAACUUUCGUGAGACAUAAUAAUUAAUUAAUUAAGAACGGCUUAACUCACGUGUGAUCGUCCGGUGAUGGCACCAACUAGUUUCUGAACCCUGGUUUCUGGAGUUUAAGGAUCCCCGACGGGUCCGAAACUAAUCGGUGC